AUGGUCCCAAAGAUGACCCCCUUGGAUGGGGAAGAUAACAAGAAGCGUGUUUGCUACUUCUUCGAUUCGGACGUCAGUGGAUUCCAUUAUGGCCCUGGCCACCCAAUGAAACCCACCCGUAUACGGAUGUGUCACUCCCUAGUUAUGAACUACGGUCUCUACAAGAAGAUGGAAAUAUUUCGUGCAAAGCCUGCUACCAAGCGUGAAAUGACCCAAUUUCAUUCGGACGAAUACGUCGAGUUCCUCAGUCGAAUAACCCCAAACAAUAUGUUGAAUUACUCCAAGGAGCAACACAAGUACAAUGUAGGAGAUGACUGCCCAGUUUUUGACGGGUUAUUUGAAUAUUGCUCUAUUUCUGCUGGAGGCUCCAUGGAGGGUGCUGCUCGCCUGAGUAGAAAUAAGUGCGACAUUGCUGUGAACUGGGCAGGAGGAUUGCACCACGCAAAGAAGAGUGAAGCAAGUGGUUUCUGUUACGUGAACGAAGAUAUCGUACUUGGGAUAUUAGAGCUCCUACGAUAUCACACAAGAGUGCUCUAUAUCGACAUUGAUGUCCAUCAUGGUGACGGUGUAGAAGAGGCUUUUUAUACCACAGACCGUGUGAUGACCUGUAGUUUUCACAAAUAUGGCGAAUUCUUCCCUGGUACGGGAGAGUUACGGGACAUUGGAAUUGGCAAAGGGAAGCACUACGCCAUGAAUUUACCCUUACGUGAUGGAAUCACAGAUGAAAGCUACAAGAGCGUCUUCGAGCCGGUAAUCCAAUCCGUGAUGGAGCACUACGAUCCCGGUGCGAUCGUAUUGCAGUGUGGAACAGAUUCACUCUCAGGCGAUAAGCUGGGGUGUCUGAAUCUAUCAAUGCGAGGUCACGCGAGCUGUGUGAAGUUCGUGAAGUCGUUCAACAAGCCUCUUCUGCUCCUCGGAGGGGGCGGUUAUACUAUGCGCAACGUCAGUCGUUGUUGGGCGUACGAGACAGGUCUCGCCGCUGGCGUUGAGCUUGGGAAAGAAAUCCCGAUGAAUGAGUAUUACGAGUAUUUUGGACCCGACUACGAACUCGAUGUCAAGUCUUCCAAUAUGGAAAACUUGAACACCCCAGGAUACCUGGAACGUGUGAAGGGUAUCGUCCUAGAGCAUCUCAACCAGAUCGGUGGCCCCCCGAGCGUUCACAUGCAGGAUAUCCCGCGAUUACCAAUCGACGAGCUGAUGGAAGACAUGAACGAAGACGAGGACAUGAUACCCGUGAACGAACGGAGGCCACAGCGCCUCCUAGAUGCUAGGCGGCAGGCAGAUGGUGAGUUGUCGGACUCGGACGACGAAGGUGAAGCCAUCGGGAAUCCACAGGGCCAAGCGUAA